AUGCCGAAGGCAUCGCCCUCGCCGACGGGACCGCGCUCACCUAAGCGACCCCGUUUGGCACCCCCACCCCGACAACCGGGUUCGGCAUAUGCGUCAGCAUCCACCGGCUCGUCCAGCACCUCGUCGCCGAGAACGACCGUCUCGCCAUCUGCGCAGGGAGUCUCGGCUCAGGCGUCAUCGCAACACCUGGGGCCCAACCACCCCUCCCGUACUCCAUCCCGCGCAGCCUCGUCCUCCACGGCGUCAUCCCCGGUCCGCCGUACCGCCACCGACAGCGGCGGCGGCGGCAAUGGCGCCGGCUCUGGCACCAACGGCAACCGGUCUUCAGCAACUCCGCGGUCUGUGAGCGAUACUCGAUCCGAUGCCCCCUCCGAGCGCCGCUCCGAGAUGGGCGACGCCGAUGUCUCUGACGAUGAGCGCAAACGGCUCGAGGCUCGCAAGCGAGAAUUAUCACUACUCGUACUCGAUGUCUGCCAGCAGCCAGAGCGCGCUCGUCUGUGCUCAUUCAAGGAGGAGAACGAAACGAUUGAUCGUCGGCCUGUGGAUCCACCACCGGUGAUUGAGCUCCGUUCACAUGCAGGCGAGGUUCCUGACUUGAUGGACUCGACAUCGUUCUUCAUCCGCGCUUCCCUCGUCGCUGCCGAGCCCAGUCCGAACCCCGAACGGGGCGAGCUGUAUGCAACGGUCAAGACUCCCACUGGCGCAGAUGCGACCGCUGGCGAGGUCAUCCAGACCCCCGAGCGACUCCGUCACCUCGACGGCAAGCCCGGUGCGCUGUGCAUCUUUGCAAAGCUCUCCGUCCGCUUGCCAGGUGUGUUCCGCCUCAAGUUUACGCUGUAUGAAACUGCCCAGGAUGGUAUCACCGAGAUUACGCACGUCGUGUCUGAACCAUUCGAGGUGUUCUCGCCAAAGCUCUUCAAGGGCAUGCACGAGAGCACACCCCUCACACGGCACCUCGCGACCCAGGGCCUCAAGGUCAAGCUGCGUACCGACAGCAGCGGUGGUAAAGGUACUGCCAAGCGUCGUGCCAGUGUGGCAUCUUACAACGCUACUGGCCACCGCAACGACCCAGGCUCGCCCGCAACACGCCUUCCUCCUGGUAUGAGGUAUACCUCUCUGCCAGCGGCAGGUGGGCCCAAUUCGGCGCCGCCCUACGCAAACCAGCGUCGAAACCUCGUUUGGCAACCGCACCACUCGGCCGCAUACCGCGACUAUGAGACCCGUUCGCUGAGUGACGAGCCGCACCGGUACAAUCGCCGACAUCACGACGGCGGUGACGAUGGCAUGUUUGCCCUGACAGACAUUUCUUCAAGGCUCGACUUUGGACUGUCGUCACCAUCGUCAGACCUUUCGGCCUUUUCGCUCGCACGUGGUGGACGACCAGUGUCCGCGUCGGGCCCACCUAGAUGGGUGCCCAGAGAGUACGGACAGCCAGGCGACGAUGGCUUCCCGACCAUGCCGCCGCACCAACAUCGUCCACACACCGCCGGCCCAAUCUCGCACGGCGGUCCCCCAGGAAUGGGCCCAUCCCACCACUCGCCGCCCGUUCCUCCACCUCCGGAGUUUGCACUUCCCCGCUUGCCCCGCAUCGUGCCCGUUGGCCCCAUGGACCCACGCAUGGGUGGCGGGCCUGGUGCACCGAUGGACGGACCCCCCAUGCACGCACACCCACAUUACGCUCCCCAUCACGACCCGCGCGACGCUCAAGACCCUCGGGACCCCCGUGACCCCCGUGAUCCCCGCGACAACCCGCAUGCGCGUGAUGCCAUGUGGCACGGCCCAGCGUACGGAGGCCCACCACCGCCGCCGCCGCCACACCUCGCUCACGCAAGCAGCCCACCGCCGAUUCUCCCUCCUAUCAUUCGCGCCCGCUCGCCUCCAAGGCCAUACGAACGGGACCCACGGGGCUGA